GGUAUAGCCCAAAUAGUUUUCAGGUUAAGAAAGCCAGAAUCUUUGUUCAGCCGCACUGACUGGACAGACUCUGUGGGGGUUACCUGGCCAAGAGCAGCAGCUGCGGCAGCGGCAGUGGCAGCAAAAGCAAAACUCCUAGGAGAACUCAGACAUCGUUUGACAUUAUGGGUCCUCCUCUGAAGCUCUUUAAAAACCAGAAAUACCAGGAACUGAAGCAGGAAUGCAUCAAAGAUGGUAGACUUUUCUGUGACCCAACAUUUCUGCCUGAGAAUGAUUCACUUUUCUACAACCGACUGCUCCCAGGAAAGGUGGUGUGGAAGCGGCCCCAGGACAUCUGCGACGACCCUCGUCUGAUUGUGGGCAACAUCAGCAACCACCAGCUGAUCCAAGGGAGACUGGGACAUAAGCCAAUGGUCUCUGCAUUCUCCUGCUUGGCAGUUCAGGAGUCUCACUGGACAAAGACAAUUCCCAACCAUAAGGAACAGGAAUGGGACCCUCGAAAACUAGAUAAAUAUGCUGGAAUAUUUCGCUUCCGUUUCUGGCAUUUUGGAGAAUGGACCGAGGUGGUGAUUGAUGACUUGCUGCCCACCAUCAAUGGAGAUCUGGUUUUCUCCUUCUCCACAUCCAUGAACGAAUUUUGGAACGCUCUGUUGGAAAAAGCUUAUGCAAAGCUGCUUGGAUGUUAUGAGGCCCUUGAUGGUUUGACCACCACUGAUAUCAUUGUGGAUUUCACUGGCACGUUGGCUGAAACUGUUGACAUGCAGAAGGGAAGAUACACUGAGCUUGUUGAGGAGAAGUACAAGUUGUUUGGAGAACUGUACAAAACAUUUACCAAAGGAGGUCUGAUCUGUUGCUCCAUUGAGUCUCCCAAUCAGGAGGAACAAGAAGUUGAAACUGAUUGGGGUCUACUGAAGGGCCAUACCUACACCAUGACUGAUAUUCGCAAGAUCCGUCUUGGAGAGAGACUCGUGGAAGUGUUCAGUACUGAAAAGCUAUACAUGGUUCGCCUGAGGAACCCCUUGGGAAGACAGGAAUGGAGUGGCCCCUGGAGUGAAAUUUCUGAGGAGUGGCAGCAACUGACUGCAACAGAUCGCAAGAACCUGGGGCUUGUGAUGUCUGAUGAUGGAGAGUUUUGGAUGAGCCUGGAGGAUUUUUGCCGCAACUUUCAUGAACUGAAUGUCUGCCGCAAUGUGAACAACCCUAUUUUUGGCCGCAAGGAGCUGGAGUCAUUGGUGGGAUGCUGGACUGUGGAUGAUGAUCCCCUGAUGAAUCGUUCAGGGGGUUGCUAUAACAACCGUGAUACCUUCCUGCAGAAUCCCCAGUACAUCUUCACUGUGCCUGAGGAUGGCCACAAGGUCAUCAUGUCACUGCAGCAGAAGGACCUGCGUACUUACCGCCGCAUGGGAAGACCUGACAAUUACAUCAUUGGCUUUGAGCUCUUCAAGGUGGAGAUGAACCGUAAAUUCCGCCUCCACCACCUGUACAUCCAGGAGCGCGCUGGUACUUCCACCUAUAUUGACACCCGCACCGUGUUUCUGAGCAAGUACCUGAAGAAGGGCAACUAUGUGCUUGUUCCAACCAUGUUCCAGCACGGCCGCACCAGCGAGUUUCUCCUGAGAAUCUUCUCUGAAGUGCCUGUCCAGCUCAGGGAGCUGACUCUGGACAUGCCCAAAAUGUCCUGCUGGAACCUGGCUCGUGGCUACCCAAAGGUAGUUACUCAGAUCACUGUUCACAGCGCUGAGGGCCUGGAGAAGAAGUACGCCAAUGAAACUGUAAACCCGUAUUUGGUCAUCAAGUGUGGAAAGGAAGAGGUCCGUUCCCCUGUGCAAAAGAAUACCAUCCAUGCCAUUUUUGACACCCAGGCCAUUUUCUACAGAAGGACCACUGACAUCCCUAUCAUUGUGCAGGUCUGGAACAGCCGAAAAUUCUGUGACCAGUUCCUGGGGCAGGUGACUCUGGAUGCUGACCCCAGCGACUGCCGUGAUCUGAAGUCUCUGUACCUGCGCAAGAAGGGUGGCCCGACUGCCAAAGUCAAGCAAGGUCACAUCAGCUUCAAGGUCAUUUCCAGCGAUGAUCUCACUGAGCUCUAAGUCUCUCCCACUCUGGAGAAUACUGACAGAGCUUCCAUACUUUAUUUUUUUUUUCUGUCAGACGCCAGGUCUUAUCUAAGAUUUGUAAUCUUUUGAAAGAAAAAAAUUCACAGUAAUUAACUUUUCCUUUCUUCUGAUAAGUUCCCCAUACCUCCCGAUCCAAGUAGCAUCAGUAGCUACAAACCUAUAUACCUCCAGCAGCUGGACAGGGGGAGAUGACAGUCUUAUCUGGAGAUCAUACUUAUGUUGGCCAAGAAAAGAUCUCUGGGGCUUCCGGGGGUGAGAUUCGAGCAGGUCAUUAACAACAGCCUGGAUACUUCAUAGGUAUUUUUGCUGCUUUCAGGUGCCCAAUAUAUCUUCCCUGUAGGGCAUGUUGAGGAAGGGGGAGGGUUGAUCAAGGCCAAGCUGGUCUAGCCUGACAUCCCAGCUCCUGAGUGAACACUACAGCCUUCCCAGCAGCAUUUUACCCAGCGGCCAGAGCCUGCUUGAACGUCCCCAUGCUUUACCAUCUACCAUCACCCCCACCUCCAUGACCACCCCCACCUCCACCAUCACCACCUCCAGAAAGUGUAGCCCUGCCCUUACCCAAGUCACCCCCCACAGGUAGGUUCCACCUUCAUGUUGAGGAAGCUUCCUAGGUGCUUAAUCAAGGGCUGGAGUUCAGUGUGGCUCGACAAUGGGAAAAGCUUGAGCUCCAGCUCAAAUGGAAGCGAGCUGUGUGCCACAAGAGGGAAAAGUGGAAGAAGCUGCAGUGGGACACAGUCUGUGUCCCUCACCCAUCCACACACACCUACACUCACACGCGCACAUGGGCGUGCACGUACUACCGUUCAGGCAGUCAGCGGGCAAGAGGAAGGACAAAUAAAUACCACACACCCCCAAAGGAUGAGAGACUCCAUCCAGGCAUAGUACAGCCCGUUUGGGGCCCCUGACUGCAAUGUGAAACCUUCUGCUGCUGCUAGGUUUACAAACAAGCCCAUUGUCCUGUGCCUCCUAAUAUUGUUGGUACUGAAUAAUUCUAUCUAGAGGCUUGAGACUUUGGGUCCUGACCCAGGUCCCUCAGGCUUUUCUUUCGUUUGGGAAGCUUCCCUCCCUGGGGGUGUUUGUUUGCCCUCUUGUUUUUUCAGUACUUCUACAGAAUUUUCUCUAGAGUCAGUCAUUCUGAAAUGUCCUUCCCUCCAUCUCAUCUAUUAACAUUCUAUCCCUCCUUCAAGGCCCAGCAUAAAUGCCACCUCCUCCAUGAAGCCUUCCCUGAACUCCCCAGCCCCCACCUCCAACAAUAUUUCAACGCUUCUGCAAUGAUGAAAAGAAACUUAGUUGUAGUACUUAGUUUAGCCCAGGAAUGCAUUCAUUUAAAAAUAUUUUGUAGUGUUUUUUUUUUCUUUAGCUUGCUCAUUUCCUACCAUGUUCUUCAGUCUGUGUAACCUCUGCUGUGCCUUCACCACACUGCCUUACAUAAUCCAAACCACAAUAAAGUUCACAUUCAAUAAAUUGAUUUGUCCUGACUUGA